AUGCGUACGGGACUGCGUGCAACCGCCUCCCUUUCAACCCGACUGGCCUCCCGUCCUCCGAGAAUAAUGCAUGUGGAGAUAAGAGUCAGUCAUUUAGAUGAGUUCGCGACACGGCGACUAAAAAGCCAUUUCAGCUCAACUCAGACUCUCCACUUGCAGAUAAGGCUUAUUACCAUUAUUAUUCUGAGCAAAAUUCUGUCUGUUCCAGGUUUGGGUUUGCAAAUACAGUGCUACCAGUGUGAGGAGUUCCAGCUAAAUAAUGACUGCUCUGCUCCAGAGUUCAUCGUGAAUUGUACGGUGAAUGUUCAAGAUAUGUGUCAGAAAGAAGUAAUGGAAAAAAGUUUUGGAAUCAUGUAUCGCAAAUCCUGCGCAUCUUCAGCAGCGUGUCUGAUAGCCUCUGCUGGGUACCAGUCCUUUUGCUCUCCAGGGAAGGUGAACUCUGUUUGUAUCAGCUGCUGCAACACUCCACUCUGCAAUGGACCCCGGCCGAAGAAGAGGGGGAAUUCUGGCGUGGUGCCGAGGGCACACGUGCUAACCACCGUUCUGCUCCUUAAAUUGGCUCUUUUGGUUUUGUAUUGCUAAACUUCAAGCAAGUUUUUUGC